CGCAGGCCGCAGCAAAAAGCAUCGGGCUCCAGCAGCCUCCCAACUCUCCAGUCGGCAGCAAGGAAUGGCGCCUGGCUUCCUUGCAAAGCAAAACGCAAGAACAUCUCUGGCCCUGAUUCUCUGCCUUGCUUUGGCGCCGAUCUUACCUUCCAGCCAAAGAAACGGCACCAUCCUUCCCGGCGCGCAUAUAUGCCGGCCGCGCUGACGCCUUGACGCACCACAAGGACGAAGGACCUCAGCCCAAAGCCUACCCAUCUCCGAUCCCUCUCCAGCCGAUCCGCCUGCAGGGAGAAAUAAAGCAGCAAGCGAUGGCGUCCGGCGGGCAGCGGUCCAUGGCGUCCGCCCUCCUGUUCCUGAACCUCAUCAUGUACGUCGUCGUCGCGGCCAUCGCCGGCGGGGCCAUCAACUACAGCAUCGACGAGAGCAGGAACUCACUGCAGGGCGUGUCCCCGCCGGUGCGCCUGUUCCCGAUCUACUUCCCGAUCGGCAACCUGGCGACGGGGUUCUUCGUCAUCUUCGCGCUCGUCGCGGGCGUCGUCGGCAUCUCCACCUCCCUCACCGGCCUGCACGACGUCGCCCAGGGGCUCCCGGCCAACAUGAUGUCCGCCGCCGCCGCCGCGCUCGUCACCUGGACCCUCACCCUCCUCGCCAUGGGGCUGGCCUGCAAGGAGAUCAAUGUCAGCUGGAGGCCCGCGAGCCUGCGCACCUUGGAGGCGUUCACCAUCAUCCUGGCCGGGACGCAGCUGCUCUGCGCCGGGUCGCUCCACGCCGGCGCGCACGCGGCCAUCCUCACCACCCCCAUCGGCGGCAGGGUCUGAUCAUGACGUGAUCGACUGAGAGUCUGAGACGGCGGCGGCGACGACGGACAUGUAUACGAGAGACUUGUCAUCUUGGGCACGCAGUGGGUCGGCGGUCUGCGCGUGCGCGCGUGAUCGAUGUGUGUGUGUGUGGCCGGUGGGUGCUUGAAAUUCGUGUGUGCUAUUCGCUUUCAAGGUGUUUGGUGUGGGUCUCGUGGUGAAUUAUUGAACUAUAUAUAUAUGGUAUGGCGAUUCUUUUCCAUG